AUGGCUGGUUUUAAGCUGCUGGGAACUGCGAGAAUUCUGGACAAAGAGGCUACAUUUAAAGAGUUAAUUAACCAGGACAUAAGGUGCUGGAAGAGAGAUUUGGCCAGUUCAAUCUUUGAUUCAGUCGAAUCUAGCCAAAUAUCAAGCAUUCCUCUCUCCCUUGGGGACACUGAAGACAAACUGAUAUGGCAUUUUGAAAGAAACGGUGAAUACUCUGUCCGUAGUGCUUACCACCUCUACACCCAAUACAAGCAAGCCAAAUCCCCAGGACCUUCUAACUAUAGCUGCCAGCAACUGUGGAAAGCCAUUUGGAGGGCCCCGAUCCAUAAUAGAAUCCGAAAUUUUCUGUGGAGGUUAGUAAACAAUAUCCUUCCCACAAGGGUGAACCUAUCUAAGAAGGGAAUUGUUCUUGAUGUAAACUGCCCUCUCUGUCUCUCCUUUCCCGAGUCAUCUCAUCACCUAUUCCUUAAUUGUGAGUUCUCUCGGCUUGUAUUUUUCUCUUCCACCCUCUGCUACCGAGUUCCAAAUGAAACAUACAUUUGCGAAUGGCUGACUGCGGUGCUGUCCUGUGGGAACAAUUUCUAUAUUCAAAUGAUAUCCUACUUGGCCUACAAGAUUUGGUGUUCCUGUAACGACCUAUUGUUCAAGCAUAAGGCAGCGGAACCUUGUGUCGUGGCUGAAACAACUCUUGAAAAUGUGUGUGAAUUCAACAUUUAUUAUCCGAAGGUGGGAGCCAAGCAGUCAAGGAUAGUGCGUCCUAAUCAUGAAACUCUGCCAAACGAUUGA